AGCCACUAGUUUUCUCUAUUAUCAUUAUCUAAAAGACUACACUUACAGAUAUGUUCUGUGCUUCCCAAGCCUCAACAGCUAUAUGUCUUAGCAUGGAUCAAGCUUCAUGCUCCUCUUCCAAUACCAUUCAACUUGGAGGCCGAGCCAUUGAUCGCCACAACCCCAUUAUCAGUGAAUCAAGAAGAAGCACCUCCAAGGCUCUCACUGCCCCAUGUUCUUCUCACCCACCCAUCAACCCCAAGCCUUACCAUAACAACCAAAAGGACAAGAAAAACUCUUCUUCAAAGCCAAAUGGCCAGAACAAGAAAAAAUCAACAAAGGGUCAUGAUGAGAAGAAGAAAAAUUUAACAGAAAAGCUCACUGAACAUGUCACCAACAAAUACUCUUCUAAGCCAAUGGAUCGUACUCCUGGUUCAACUAGAUCUUUGCUCAGUGAAACGGCCUUCUUGGAUGGUUUAUCAGAUUAUGAUCCAGUUUUGGCAUUAACUACGGUUGAUAAUAAAAAAGCUCAAAUUGUUCAUCAAGAUGAAACCAACCCUGCAUGUAAACCUUCUAGUUCUUCUCCAAAAUCUGGUUCCCCAGACAAGCAGGUUGUAGAACUUAAGGUUUCUUUGCAUUGCAAAGGCUGUGAAGGGAAGGUGAGGAAACAGCUCUCCAGAAUGCAAGGAGUUACUUCCUUCAACAUAAAUUAUAAGUCAAAGAAGGUGACAGUAGUUGGGGAUGUGACUCCAUUGAGCGUCUUGGCAUGCAUUUCAAAGGUGAAGAAUGCACAAUUUUGGCCACCAUCUGCCUCAGAAGUUGGAUCUGGUAUCGUAGAAACAGAGAAAAAAAAAUUAUCUAAUUGAAUGGAAAGUAGAAUAUAGGUAUUAAUGUAUGCUUUGAGUGUGAAUUAGAUGGUAAUUUAAUUAUUGUAAAUGCAAAUGUUAGCAAGAGUAGUAGGUGUGGCUUUGAAAGCAGUAAAGAAAUGGUAAGAGUAUAAAUUUAUCGGAAGGAAUCAAUC